GAAGAAUUUAACACCUUGUAUCACCGAGAUCUUCGCCAAGACAUUUUUUUAAAAGACGAUUACCAUUACUUGAAUGUACCCAGAGAUGGAACAUACGCCGUGUACGACACCCUGGAUUGUACCAUUGAAUGUCUAAGUAAUCCCUCCUGUUUUUCUUUAAACCUGGCCGCGUCAAAAGGAGCAGACGGGAAGCUCUGGUGCGAGUUGCUAUCUUCUGAAAAGUACAGCAACCCUGGAGAGUACAAAAGAAACGAAAGUUCGCAUCACUUUUCCAUUAAGGUACCACUAUUAUUUUCUCCCACCCCCCAAUAAAGACACUGGUUAAACAACUUUACCAACGUUCUCUCUCUAAGAUUUUCUCGCAAAAACCCGCUGACGUUUUUUCUAAAUUAUGGCUUUUCCCGUUGUGUCUGAAGGAGGAUUCGCUCACUUUAGACCCAUUUAGAGCAGAACAUCCGCCUUUGUCAAAAUGGGUCUCUAUGUUUGCUUGGAUAGGUAAAAAUGAAGGAGGAGUUGAAUAGGAAAUUUGAUACCGCAGGUGUGUGUACUGGUCGUCAUUUUAAUUUAUCUUCAAGUUGGUUAAAGGGGUAAACAAACCACAGGCGUUCCGUGCGAACAAAAAUAUCAUAGUUAAGUAAAAGAGGAUUCAAUCGAAUGAGAUGCAUCACACCAGCAAUGAACUAAUUUUUCUCACUUUUCACUUUUCUCGAAAUAUAAGAUUUGUAUGGGAGAAAAAAAGGUCUUUUUUCUGUAGCCCACGAAUGGGAAAGGAUUGGUAAUAAAAAUCAGGCAGCCUUACUUAAGUUGAGUGUUUCGUAGUUCUUCUUUCCAAUGUAGUUACCCGUAAACUCUGAAUAAAACCCUUUAAAUAGCCAUAAAUCGGCCUGGAAACCACACAGGAAAGAAGAAACACACAACUUAAGUUAGGUUCGCCGAUUCAGUUUUAUUUAAAUCCUUUUCACAUUCGUAGGCUGUAGAAACAAUCGUUUUUUAUCGCCAAAACACUCUUUUGGGAGGACUAGAAACUUAAUAUAACACUGGAUAGAAGAGGAUAGUUACUGGUCUGAGCGUGUUUUUUGGGGGGAGGGGCGGUAAACCCAUGUCAUUUCUCGCUGUAUGCUGCAAGCAGGCCGGGCUCUCCCUUUUAUGGCCCUUAUGGGGAGGUUUCGAACGAAAGGGAUUCCUUCUUUUCAUAGGCGUCGGGUAAAUAAAAGGGAAGGGAUUUCACAAUUGAACUAUAUAUAGAUGGCGAUCAGGUGGGGAAUUCUGACAUUUAAUAGGUAUUUAAACUGGCCUUUGAUUUAAAGAUAUUCCGAACAGACCCACCUUAUGACUGUAUGGGGAGCAAGGGAUGGCGCAGUGGUGAGAGCGCUCAAAUCCCGGGGUCGACGCCAUAUGUGGGUUGAGUUUGUUGUUGGUUCUCUCCUUUGCUCCGAGAGGUUUUUCUCCGGGUACUCCGGUUUUCCCUCUCCUCAAAAACCAACAUUUCCAAAUUCCAGUUCGAUCAGGAAUCAGGUAGACGAAGAAUCACUUUGUGGAUGUACUACCUCCAAAUCAUUAUUAUUAUUAUUAUUAUUAUUACUAUUAUUAUUAUUACUAUUAUUAUUACUAUUAUUAUUAUUAUUAUGAUUAUUAUUAUUGUAUCGUUAACAAUUUAUCAUAUAAGCGACAUGAAAUGUUUGUCCUUUAUAUCGUUAAACGGUCUUUUUGUUUUAAGUUCUAGUUUAUGUUUUUGCUUUGCUUUAUGUUUUAGACUGCGUGUCACUCUUCGCCGUGCCGUAACGGCGGAACAUGUGUACCAAACUACAAAUAUCACACCUUUGACUGCGGUUGUAAAGACGGUUACGUCGGAGACUUAUGCGAAGUAUUUGGUAAGUUUCCCAUAAAAGGUUGUCAAAGGACAGACUUGCACUUUACAAUAGUAAUAAUGUAAUGAAAUUUGACCAUGAUGUAGAUGUAUUCGAACGUAACUCCAUGUAACAGCGACAAAUUGUCCUCCCAUGGGCUAUCACCUAUCUAGAACACCAAACUUUUCUCAGUUAAAUCCUUUAGGUUGGAACCUUUUUGUAAACGAGCACCUCUCAUAAGCGCCUACGACAAUUAUUUCGGGUGACGUUUUGUAAUUUUUCGUUGUUUUUAACUUCUAAUAAGCAACCAAUUUGACGUCAUGGUCGAUCUCUUUGUUCGCUGCAUGUACCAUUUGUACUAAGCCACUCAAAGUAUACGAAACCCUUUUAACAACGACAUGGAACUACCACUCAGUCGUAACUAAGAAAGUGCAUGCAAUAAACUCCCACCAAAAAGCAGAUGAGUCCUGACCUUUUCCAAGAAAACAUGUUCUCGUGCCUCUUCUCAGUAGAGUCCCCUGCGGUUUGAUUCUUGUAAGCGACCGCCUGCCGUAAGCAACCACAGAAUCUUCCCUGGCAUUUCGGGUGUUCGCUUACAGAACGUUUGAUUUGGAUUUAUUUCUAACGCUGCAUUUAUAAAAUCCUGAAGGGCUAAAAGCGGCUUAGCAUGCAGUCAAAUAGUUAAGAUAUUAAAGUAAAAUAUAUAAAAUAUCUCAAUCAGUCAGUUCGGCACCUAGAAGUAAGCCCAGGAGUAAACGUAUACUAUUGUAGUGACUUUAAAUCGAUUUGAUAUCCUUUUUCCUUUAGCUCCGAAAUCAUGCAAGCAAGUGUAUGAUCAUUAUGCAGACAAGUGAGUGAAAUUGUCAUUUUUUUUUUAAUUUUCUGCCAUUUUGGCAUGAAUUGUCAGUGCCGGAUCCAGAACUUGAGAUAGGGCGGGGGGGGGUGGUCAUCCAGACCCUUACAUAAGGGGAGGAGCUGUGUCCAAAAAAAUUUAUUUCGGCCCCUCGGGCCUCAGUUUAGUCUAAAAAUAAGGGGGGGCCAGGCCCCCCGGGCCCCUCCCCUGGAUCCACCACUGUAUUAGUUUGUAACAAGAGAGAAUAAUGAACAGUCUUGGGUGCACGAAGUACGUUUUCUGUGAGAUUUAACUCUUGUUUGGAUUCAAUAUUUUAGUCCUGGGCAAUUCAGAUCACUUGGUUUGCAUUAUAUAUACUGUCUUAAACAAUAAUUAUUUACCGAAGUGCCCACCUUGGCUUUUGUGCAGGUCCCAACGAAGCCAGCUGGUUAAACUCUUUUUUAACUCAACACCAACUUCCGUUCUCUGUCAAAUUGGUGACUUUAGAUGUGGACCAGGGGGUUGGACGCCGGUCAUGAAGAUAAACGGCAGAGAGGUAUGAAAUUUGUGGGUGAGAUUUUUAUCCAAAUUUUUCCAAGUUCCAAUUGGACCCGGAAUGGUAGACGAAAAACCAUUAAGUGAAUCACAAUGCUUUGUUAACAGUAACCGGUCAAGUCGCGCGAAUGUUAUCUCGCCCGAAGUUAUGUCGCCCGAAACCCUAAGAGUAAGUCGCCCGACUGAAAUGCGUGAAGUGAACAGAGAAACAACAUACCAUCAACUGAUGUGAUACAACUCACUUUGACUCUGAAGAUGACUACUGCACAGGUUGUCGAAACGUCAGUCACUGUCAACAACAACAGUCCUAUUCAGGACUACGUUCACCCGGACGAUCAAACUCAACCUUUUGAAAGCUAAUUUUUGUUACAUAAAGAGUGUGUGUUAAUAUAUCUCGUUCUUUAAACCAGCAUGAGACGAAAUAAGCGGAAUGAAUGGGUAACAUGACUCGUUCUUUAAGCGACGAUGAGGCGAAACAAGUUAACCCUGGAUUAACAACGAAACAAGCGCCAUAAAUGAGUAAUAUAUCUCGUUCUAUAAUCUUCGAUCAGAAGAAACAAACGCGGCAAAUGGUAACAGGGAUUCUAGCAUAUUGUUUAGCAUGAUGAUAAAAUUUUGAGCCACAUAACUCAGCAUUUCGGGCUGGACUUAACUUCGGGCGACUUGACCGUAAACCUAGCGUGUUAAGGUGGCUCGACUGGAUUUUUUGGGGUUGAUACCUUCCAACUUUCAGCAUUAACUACGUCGGCAUGAGUAAAGAUAUGGAAAAAAGGUUACCACAACUGUAUUAUAUAAAGAUGAAAAUUUCUUAUGAUCUGGGUUUUAUUGCAAUCGGAGUCGCCAUGGCAACGUAAUGACGUAAUUACGUUUUUCAUGUAUCUUUGUGUUUCUCUGUUCCAGGAGUUUUUUGAUGAAAUCGCUUAAGGGAGUAUGUACCUGCUAUAAUUGCCUCCAUUAUGGUAAAGUUUGAACAAAUUCUAUGAGAGCGUUUUCGAAAUAUUUUGAAAUGUAGUUUUAAGAAUGAUAAAAACAGUGAAAUGGCAUGCUACCUACACAAUUCCCUAAUAUUUUAAGAAAAUGAUAAGCUUUGGGAAACGAGGCUUCAUCUCAUAGUGGUUUGACUCCAUUGAAAACUGCAUACGAAAAAAAGGGAAUUGCUCUCGGCGAUCGCAGUAGUAAGAAUUUUAUUAACUUGCAUUUAGCUGCUUUUGAUACAGUUUUUGGACGUAAUUUGGUCCAUCCUAAAAAUUUCGCAUUUUCCAAAAACCGCUCGAUAAAUUUUUUUAUAAAUUCGACAAUCCGAGAUCAAUCGUCAAAAAUAUUCCUGCAAGUUUUAAGAACAUUGAAAAUAGGGAAGGCUUUUAAAUAGGACCUCAAAUAUAACCAAUUUUCCUCAGCGCCCUCAUUAUUCACUGGCAUUGUUUUCAAGUUUCAUAUACACGUGCACAUUUAGCAAAAAGAUAGAAUUUGCAUCAGAAAGGACCCUCGGUUAAAUCUUCGGGAUAUGCUAAUUACCGGGUAAAGAGAUUAAUGACACAUUAUAACAUCAAAGCAACUCUUUGUGAUAGUUUCUGUGAUGUUAUAACCCGAGUAAGAUAAUUAAGUAUUCCAUCCUACGCGAUGAGCCGUGACGUUCACCGUUUCGACUCUCACUGCUAUCUGUGACGACAAGCCAACUAUUAGCAUAUUCCUGAUAUUUCUUCGGAAAGUAAUCGAGAGUUCUUUUUUAUGCAAAUUUAUAUCUUUUGCUGGUUGUGCACGUGCAUAUGAAACUUGAAAACAAUGCCAGUGAAUAAUGAGGACGCUCACUUGUAAACACAAAAUCUGGGGAAAAAUUGGUUAUAUUUGAGGCCCUAUUUAAAAGCCUUCCCUAUUUUCAAUGUUCUUGAAACUUGCAGGGAAUAUUUCUUGACAAUUGAUCUCGGGAUUGUCGAAUUUAUAGAAAAAUUUAUCGAGCGGUUUUUGGAAAAAUGCGAAAUUUUUAGGCAUGGACCAAACUACGUCCAAAAACUGUAUCAAAAGCAGCUGAAUGCAAGUUAAUAAAAUUCUUCUUACUCGCGAUCGCCCAGAGCAAUUCACCUCUUUUUUUGGAUGCAGUUUCCAAUGGAGUCAAACCACUAUGAGAUGAAGCCUCGUUCCCAAAGCUUAUCAUUUUCUUAAAAUAUUAGCGAAUUGUGUGGCUAGCAUGCUAUUUCACUGUUUUUAUCAUUCUUAAAACUACAUUUCAAAAUGUUUCGAAAACGCUCUCAUAGAAUUUGUUGAAACUGCGCCAUAAUGGAGGCAAUUAUAGCAGGUACAUACUCCCUUAAGCGAUUUCAUCAAAAAACUCCUGGAACAGAGAAACACAAAGAUAAAUGAAAAACGUAAUGGCGUCAUUACGUUGCCAUGGCGACUCCGAUUGCAAUAAAACCCAGGUCAUAAGAAAUUUUCAUCUUUAUAUAAUACAGUUGUGGUAACCUUUUUUCCAUAUCUUUACGCAUGCCGACCUAGUUAAUGCUCAAAGCUGGGAGGUAUCAACCCCAAAAAAUCCAGUCGAGCCACCUUAAAUUGUAGAGUGUUGGAUCAGGCUUGAAAAUUUACUUCAAGCAGAAGCAACAUUAUUUUGUAGAAUUUCUGUCAUUUCGCUGCUUUCUCUCCUUUUCGCUUUAAAACAAAAAAAAACGCUCUUUUUUAAUAAUUCUUUUUGUUACAAACUGCUGUCGGGGUGGAAAGGUUGUCCUGGGAACAAGGUUGACUUCCGUUCGUUGAGACUGUCUAAUAACUAACAAGUUUGACAGAUACUUAUUUUAAUUAACGCGAAGCCAGGAGUUACAAUGAAUAGCUAUUGUUGCGUCAUACAGUGUUAUAGCUUAAUUUUAGUUUUUCCUAUUUCUGUUCAUUUUCAUGCUAUUUUAGAGAACAUUUCGCUACGAUUCAGUGCUCUGGACAAACAAACAAUCCUUUAACAUUGACGGAGGGAAGACUGGGUUUGACGCAGAGGAGACCAAAUUGCCUUCCUACUGGAACACAUCCUUCUCUAAAAUCUGUCUCGGUAUUAACAUUACCGGUAACAUCAACUUUGCUGUCAUCGACAGGCAAGCGCACUCUUUGCAUUCCCUGAUUGCUGAUGGGCAAUACCGCAACACCUCGCUAGGACGUGACGCGUGGAAGGCGCUGAUUGGUUCACGGGGCUCCUUACAGACGUACUGCAACGUUGAAGGAUUCAAUGUUGAAGAGGAAUUCAUGGGAAGCGACAAUGUCGGCCGAAGAGCACGGGCAAGAAUUGGCAUCAUUAGUAACGAUUUUGACGACUGCAUUUUAUGUGAUUCCAGAAUCGGGUUUGGCACAGGAGGACGUCCCGAUGACAACAAUGUUUGUGGCAAUGCGGCUAGCGGAAAAUUUAAUCCAGACAACGGCGGCAACAAUAUAAAGGUAAUAGGUUAUAUCUUGGUGCAGUGA